AUGGCCGCGGAAGGACUGGAAGUGCUCGCGCUACGCUUGGACCAAGUCAAGGCCCGGGCCAAGUACGUGGCGACGCUCAAGACAUGGUGCAAGGAGCUGAGCGUGCAUGGCCGCCUCCUCACGCGCGGCAGCCUGCACCUCCUGCUUCUCGAAGGCAGCGCGUCGGGCCUCGACGCGCUCAUCGCCCGGUACGCCUCCGAGCCCAUUGACGAGAACGCAGCCGGCGAGAUGAUCAAGGAUAGCAUGUUUGACGUACUUGGUCGCCAGCCCCGGACGGGCGACGCCGUUUUCCAGAACUUUGUCGAUCUGCAAGUGCUGAACGAUGCGAUGAUGGACAAGCUCUUCGUCCAAGACUGGGGCGCCGAUGCAGCGUGGAUUGCGGAAGCGAGAACGACGGAUCGCUCCAAGCGCUUUAUUGCGCGGCGCGACGCCGCAAAGCUCAAGCGGAAACUGGAGCGGCAAAAGCUGGCACAGGAGCGCGAUGCCAAGAAAGCGGCUGCGCGCGAAGCCAAGAAGCUAGAGGAAGGAGGUGCGCAUGAAGCGGAUCAAGGCAACGACGACACUGCCGAGGUCGAGCUGUCCGAGGCCACUACCGCUCCAAGCCCCGUGACCGAGUCGACGGAAAAUGCGACGCAGCCCGCAGUUGAAAAGAAGACAGAGUCAUCACAACUGCCCAAGGCUGCGCAGCCGUCCAAGCCGCCCAAGGCCAAGCAAGCACAGCCGCCUAAAGCCAAGCAAGCACAGCACUCAAAGGGCAAACAAGCCCAGCCAAACCAGUCACAGUCCAAGAAGGGGCAAAAGAAGCCAUUCCAGAAGAAGGGGCCGCCGCAAAAGCCGGGCCCGAGUAAGAAGCGGUCGUUGGAUCCGUGGGCCGCACCGGAGGCGGCGUCGCACGAUGCGCCUUCGUUCUCGAUGGGCGCCAAGAAGAAGGCGCGCCCUCAUCCCAAGUCCAAGCCAUGAUGAGACGCAUGGGUUGGCAUUAUAAAUACUAAUAAACAGCAACACCCUCC